GAAUUCUAACCUACCAAACAUUUGAGUAUUAAUUCUAGAAAAAGUUAAUUUUUAAAAAUGGCCAUGUUUGGGGUCAUUGUUUCUGGGCGAUUAGUUCAAACAGAAUUUCAACCAAUAUCAGAAAGACAAUUUGUAACUACAAUUCAAGAUGCAGAUAAUAUUAAUCACAUCGUUGUUUUUUUAACUGGUGCAGUGCCUUUUCCCGAAGGAAUGGGUGGACAAGUUUAUUUUAGCUGGCCUGAUCCAAAUGCACCACCAAACUGGCAACCUUUAGGCUAUAUUUCCAACAGUAAACCAUCUGUUAUUUUUAAAGUAUCAAAUUUUAAGAAACUUGAGGAUUUGGGCCAGUUUUCAAACUUAAUGUUUGGACAAAGUCAUAUAGUUCAUAAUGCUCAACUAGGAAUAUCUGUUGAACCUCUCUCAAAUUUACAAGAAAUACCCUCUCCAAACAAUACUCUAUCAAAUUUAACAUUUGCCCAGAAAAUGUUGGAAAAUUUUAUGAAUUAUGUUCUUAGUUAUUCCAUAUCUCAAACAAAUAUGAUUCCAGACCCCACAGCAACCUAUGUACCUCUAUCAACUGUACAAAAUUGGUACACCAACUUUGAAAGAAGAUUGCAACAAAAUCCCAACUUUUGGAAAUCCUAACUUUACCUUGUAAAUAAGUAAAUAUAUUGUAUACACACCUACCUGCUGUUGAAUUAAAGGUUAAAUACAUAUUUUAGGUGUUUAUAAAAUAUUUCACACAAUAUUAAACAUUGUUUUGUCUUUUUUAAGAUUUUUUUGUAGAACUGCUUUUUUAUUAUGUCACCAUUGACAAAAAAC